AUGUCUAAUUCGAUUCUUCUUCUCGAAAUUCUCACCCUCGCAUUGACGUGUAGUCUCGUGAAUUCGAUGAGGUUUGAGCUUAAAUCGGGUCAUACUAAGUGCAUUACAGAAAAUAUUCCGAACAAUGCCAUGACGGUAGGAAAGUACAGUGUCGUUAGUCCUUAUGAAGGGCAACCAAUUCCUGAUACCCACCGGAUCACGCUCAAGGUGAGUUCUCCUAUGGGAAUCAGUAAUCACUAUGGGGAUCAUGUGGAGUCGGGUACUUUUGCAUUUACUGCAACUGAAAGUGGUGACUACACGGCUUGCUUUUGGAUACCAGAUAGUAGGAUGGCCCCGUCAAUUGUGACCAUUGAGUUUGAAUGGAGAUCUGGGGUUGCUGCCAAAGAUUGGUCUAAGGUUGCCAAGAAAGGGCAGGUUGAAGUAAUGGAAUUUGAGUUGAAGAAGCUCUAUGAUGCCGUUACAUCCAUCCAUGAUGAGAUGUUUUAUCUUCGUGAAAGGGAAGAAGAAAUGCAAGAUCUUAACAAAGCAACCAACUCCAAGAUGUUUAUCUUCGUUUUCCUUUCAUUUGUCGUUUGCAUUUCUGUUGCCGGUAUGCAGCUAUGGCAUUUGAAGACAUUCUUUGAGAGGAAGAAGCUCCUCUAA